AUGCAGUUGGCAGAGAACGUGUUUCUAGUAUGCUUGGAUGGUUUUGAAGGCAAAGGUGAACUCAUCACUAUUGCUUCUACAAAUAGACCAGACAUAUUGGACAGAACACUUGUUCGACCAGGGUGGUGGUUUGAUCGAAAGAUAUACAUCCCAAAGCCUGGCCUUAUUGGGCAAAUUGAAAUUCUUAAGGUGCAAGUUGCAUAUGUGCACGUUCGUAAGAAACCUAUGGCUCCUGAUGUUGACUAUAUGGCUGUUGCCAGUAUGACUGAUGGGAUGACACAUGGAGUAAGAGCUGGGCAGGAAGCUGCAAAGAAAGGAAUUGGAUUCAUUGAGGAUAUGCUCACAACCGGAAGGAAAUUGUUUCUCAAGAACAGUUUUGAGCAAGGCAUUGAGGAUUGUGAUAUGAUCUCAGUUCUGCUAAACCUGGAAGUGAAGGGUCUUUCCUUUCACGUGCUAACUCAUAGAAAGAAAUGUCACCCAUGCGCCUUUCGUGGGGUGAGCAAAAGGCGUUUCCCUGGAUACUUGUAUGAACUCACAAAAAGCAUUUGCCCGUUGCCUGAUUCAUCCAAUGCUUUUGGCUACUUGGCUACUGGGGCUCGAGUCAGCUUAGCAGGGUACGACUUCCUUUGGUCUAAUUUUGUCGUGAAGAUCCUAUCGAAAUGUCAAGUUGACCUCGAGAAGCAAACGUUGACAAAUACAAGUAAACGAGGGGAAACUUGGUCUUGUGAAAGGGAAAAGAGCUCAAAAUCUACUAAAUGGCUUCGUCUCGUCUUUUACUUUUUUCAACUCUGGUUUCGCUGUUCAGUUUCUACCUCCGUAGUACUCUCGGGGAGCAAAAAAAAGUUGCAAACUUACAUCAUUCACGUAAGUUUGCCCACUUCUGAAGUAAAUCUCGAGAGCUACUACCGUUCUUUUCUACCGGUAGAGGAAGAUCAAACUUCGUCUUCACGACUUGUUCACUCUUACCACCAUGUUAUUUCUGGCUUUGCAGCCAAACUGACACACGGUGAACUUAAAGAAAUGGAGAAAAAAGAUGGGUUCAUCACAGCAAAGCCGCAAACGAUGUUGGCCUUGCAGACUACGCAUACUCUGAAUUUCUUGGGAUUGCAACAAAAUAGCGGUGUUUGGCAAGAAUCCAACUACGGCAGGGGUGUGAUUAUCGGGCUUUUGGACUCCGGGAUUACACCGGACCAUCCCUCUUUCCACGACAACAACAUGCCACCUCCACCGGAAAAAUGGAAAGGAAAGUGCGAGUUUACCGAUAACGUAACUUGUAACAAUAAACUCAUCGGUGCAAGGAACUUACUGGGUGGUGGUUCAAGUGAUCCACCAUUUGAUGAUUCGGGCCAUGGCACUCACACUUCAAUCACGGCAGCUGGCAACUUCGUUGAUCAUGCCAAUAUUUUCGGGAAUGCCAUGGCUCCUCUUGCCCAUAUAGCCAUGUACAAGGUGUGUUCCGGUCCCGGAAUCACGUGUGCAGAAGUUGACAUGCUGGCUGCAAUUGAAGCUUCCAUUCAUGAUGGUGUAGAUGUUCUUUCAAUAUCAAUUGGUGGACUGUAUAAAAACUUCUAUGAUGACUACCUCGCCGUGGGUGCUUUCGCUGCCAUGCGAAACGGGAUUAUCGUGGUCGCCUCCGCUGGUAACAAGGGUCCAGGCAGCGGUACGUUGUCUAACGAGGCACCCUGGAUUCUCACAGUUGGUGCUAGCUCCCAUGACAGAAAGAUAGUAGCAACAGCUGUGUUGGGAAAUGGGGAAUCAUACCAUGGCCAGACACUUUUUCAAGGGAAAGACUUCCCUCCUACCUUGUUUCCACUUGCCUACAGUCGAGAGAUUGCCAAAUGCGAACCGAUUUUGCUGAAAAACGCUGAUGUUAGGGGCAAGAUAGUGGUUUGUGAUUAUGGUAUGGAGGGUCCAAUUUAUCAUGACCAAGCAGUAAAGGAUGCGGGUGGUAUCGGCAUGAUUCUUGUCAAUGCAAAUGUCUCUGGUGAUACCAUUUUUGAAAUAUCUCACGUCCUUCCUGCAGCUAUUUUGAGUUGCGCCGAUGGGGAAAAGAUUAAGGCUUAUAUUACUUCAUCCUCCACGGCCCGGGCAGGGAUCAUUUUCGAAGGAACCAUGAUGGGCUUUAAGGAUGAACCAUCUGUAGCAUAUUUUUCGUCCAGGGGCCCAAACAAUGCAAUUCCAGGCAUACUAAAGCCUGACAUUAUCGGCCCUGAACUGAAUAUUCUUGCUGCAUGGCCUUCCUCUUUGACAAACAUAAACUCUACAUUUAACAUCAUAUCUGGCACCUCAAUGUCUUGCCCCCACCUAAGCGGCACUGCAGCUCUGCUCAAAAUUGCACACUCGGAUUGGUCUCCAGCUGCAAUUAAAUCUGUCGUUAUGACUACAGCUGAUCAAUUCAACCGUGAGGGUCAGCCCAUCCUUGAUGAAAGGGAACUUCGUGCUGAUGUGUUUGCUAUUGGUGCGGGCCACGUGAAUCCAACAAAAGCAAUUACUCCAGGGCUAAUAUAUGACAUCCACCCUAUGAACUACAGUAGAUACUUGUGUGGCUUGGGCUACACAAACAUUCAGAUUGGGCUGCUUGUGAGUCAAAAGAUGAAUUGCUCGUUGAUAUCGAGUAUAUCUGAGGCGGAGCUGAACUAUCCUUCUUUCUCCAUAUUACUUGGAGAAGAGACUCGAAAAUAUUCAAGGAUAGUUACAAAUGUUGGAGAUGGGAACUCCACGUAUGUUGCUAGCAUCGCUCAAAUUCCAGGAGUCCAUACCGUGGUUGAGCCUAUGGAGCUUGUGUUCACCAAGGUGAACCAACAAGCCACAUAUAUGAUAUCCUUCACCCGAACGGGUGAAGAUUUUGGACUUUUUGUUGAAGGAUCGAUAUCAUGGAUUUCCAAAAAUCAUGUUGUUAGGAGUCCGAUAUCUAUCAAAAUAUUGCCCUCUAACACAGAAAAUAAUUUUUCAAGAAGAGUCGUUAGAAGUUCACUUUGUACUGUCCUCGCACAUUGUUUGUUUUAUUUUAUUGUACUUUGAAUUAUCUUGGAAAACUUCUGUAAUAGUUUGAAAUUGCUCUUUAUCAAUGUUAUUAAGCUUUAACAGCUCUGUUUGAAGUAAUUCUUUUUUUUUUCUCUGUAAACAAGCAUUUAUCCAUUGCUAAUGGGGUAGUGACAGCUCAAACAAAAAAAAAAUAGCAUAUCACCUGAAAGGGAAUUGGUUUAUUGGUAGCAAAACAGAUUUAAGAAGCAUACAGAAAAACUGUAGUACUAAGGAUAAAAAUUCAGCUGCAUCAACCUGUUAGCUAGCUUAGGCUUCUAUACUCUUCGACAAUGCACUUCCUGAACAAUCUGUGUAGUGAUAUUUUCAGUUCUUCUAGCUUUAAAUUGAAAAAUUCUGAGGUUUAUUAUAUGUCUGCACGUAAAAAUUCUGCAUGUAACUGGCAGCUAAACUCAUUUGAAGCAACUUAGCCUGUGGACUUGGACAAUUUGCUACAGCCAAUCACAAUUCCUUUGAGGAGUUCAUUCCAUAUAAUAGCAGACAUUUAGCAAUUUGGCUCGAGUGCAUACAACAACAUUCUGAUCUUGAUCCGUCCGGUGAUCUCGUUGUGGAGUUUGGAAAUGAGGAGCAAGCUCUUUGGAGGGAAGUGAUUGUUAUCAAAUAUGGUCAGAAUGAUGCUGAAAUCCAGUGAAUUGUCUGUGGGGUUUCAGUUUGGUAAACACUGAAGAGCUUGUGGAAUCAGUUUCAGUGAUAUCACUUUCAAAGUAGUUAGUGGAACCAGAAUUAAGUUCUGGAAAGCACUGUGGAUUGGUCAGGUGAUGACUUCUUAUCCUGAUCUGUUCAUCCUUAAUACCAAUCGAGAUGCAAUGGAUUGGUUUAUGAGAUAUGAUCUCUUCAAGGAUGGAAUCUGAUCUUUAGAAGACUCCUGAAUGACUGAGAAAUUGGAAGAAUAGCUACAAGAGAAGUGGUGGGAGUAAAAGUCAGGCGAAGUAGUGGAACAUGAUCCCCCUGCAUAUGGUGGACGGUUUGGAAAAGAAAAGAUGACUCCAAAUGCUGCUAAUCCAAGCACUGCCGGUAGAGAUAAAAUAUGAAAAAGAAAAGAUGUAAUGUACCAGUGCUACCUCAAGUAUUGUACCAAGUGUCCAACAACCGUUUCAAAUAAUCGUCCACAUGCCCUUGUUUUGUGAAGGCACAAAUUCAAGAAACCAAGAACCAUAUACAGGUCCACAACCCACUCCAAAUCCAACAUUCAUAUGUACAGCAAGCAACCAAUUAUAAUUCAGAGAAAAGGUACUGAGUGCUGCAGACACUGCUGUCACUGUUGCUUUACUUAGAAGACCCUUCCUGGUGAACAAACAAUCACAUUAGAUAAAAACUAAUUCCCAGAUUUAUUUUAUUUUUUUAAAAAAGAACAACUUGCACAUUUUGAAUUUAUUCUUGUCUUCUCCCAUAACAAUCUGCAAUGAAGCCCCAAAAGAUAGCUCUGAUAAGCAUGCCAGUGAAACAACAGUAGUCUUAAGGCUUUGUUGAGUAGGAGGAAGUGGCCAUUAUGACCUUAGAGCAGGUCUAGAAAAGAGAUUUAUUUCCUGCAUGUAAAGUAUACACUAGCAGCUAAACUCAUUCGAAGCAACUUAGCCUGUGGACUUCUUUCUCGACAAGUUGCUACAACCCAUCUCACUUCCUCUGAGGAGUUUAUUCUUCUAUGCGGCUGCACAUCUUGGAAGGUGUAACCAGCAUCCACGAGAGAGUUUUUAGCCUUGAAAGUUUUUGUAAGUACCCAGGAUGCAUUCUUGGAUUUCUUCUGCAGCUGCUUUUGCUUUCCAAAGCAGUCAUAAAUGUUUAUCAGCUAACCAAACGGUUGUGGAAAUCUGGAAAUGAGGAGCAAACUCUAUGGAGGGAAGUGAUUGUUGGCAAAUAUGCUCAGAAUGACCAGCGGUGUUAAAAUCCGAUCGACCAUUACCUAUGGGGUUUCAGUUUGGAGAACAAUUAAGAGCUUGUGGAAUCAGUUGGUCAGGGAUAUCACUUUCAAAGUAGGUAGUGGAACCAGAAUUAAGUUCUGGAACGAACUGUGGAUUGGUCAGAAUCCCCUGAUGGUUUCCUAUCCUGAUCUGUUCAUCCUUAGUAGCAAUCAAGAUGCAUUGGUUAAUGAGGUAUGACCUCUUCAAGGAUGGAAUCUGAGCUUUAAAAUACUCCUGAAUGAAUAAGAAGUUGGAAGAGUAGCUAGUCUGUAGAGGGGGGAGUAAAAGUCAGAAGAAGUGGAGGAAUAUGAUCCCCCUGCAUAUGGUGAACAAUUUGGAGAAAAAGAAACAAGAGAUGCUUUGAGAAUACUGCUGAAUCAGUUCAGAAUAUUAAAUGGAACUGUAUGAGGACUUUCUUUUUUGGGUGUAAAGAGGAGGGCAUAGAGGAUGCUGGACAAAUUUUAGAUUUUGUAUAGGUUUUUGUGUAGCAAGUUUUUGUUUUAGCUUUGAGCCAGCUGUAAAUCUGUUUGAAGAGAGCCAGCAUUUCCUUAACGCUGUUGAAUACAACAUUACCUUUAUAAAAAAAUAGCACGUGUUUGCGUAAAACCAAAGCAUGAUAAAAUACAAUUAGACAAUCAGGGAUACAUUGAACAUCAUCACUGUAUGCGCAUCUAAUAAGCAAAAUCGGAGUGAUAAGUUCGCUAAGCCCGUUUACACUUUUUAAGGGUCUUGAGAAAAGUUUUAUACCAGAUAGUGUAUUUGUCUCUCUUCAAAGCCAGAACUGCCUGUUGCUAAUGCACCAUGAGUCUUCUAGAACAAUUAAGACAAGAAAGCGAAGAAUUCUUAGCUUAACACAUUUACAAAAGCCAGAUUAUCCAAAAUAAACCAAAGACAGACAGAGAAAGAGAUUCUUGCCGUCUUUUUGUAGUAAUCAUGGUGAACUUAGUCAAAGUUUAGCGAAACUAAAAUCCGCAUUCAACCACCAGAGUUCAGGAAUUUGCCCUCUGUCUAUGAAACCAUUUAUCUCAAGAACAUAAGAAGAAAAAAAAAUAUACUUCAGUACGUCUCCAACUAUACACUUAUCCCUACAUGUUGACUUACAAGCAAAAUAAAAGCUUCAAGACCAUUAAAAAAUCAAAAGUAAAAUGAAA